UGUUAGCAGCUUGCUGGUGAAGGAGGGCAGUACAGAGGGACUAACUCGUCUUUCUGGGGUGGAAGGCGCUUGGCCUGCUGCACCCAUGCACAAUUGCACAAGUGGAGCCCCGGCUUAUCACUUCCCUGAGAAGAAAAGCACAUUUCCAGUUUCCUGUGCCUAAGAGCGAGCGCCCAGCGCCCUUCACGCUGCUCAGACCCAGACUGCCUGUACACAGGAGACUCCUGGGGCCUGCAGAAGAGCUGAGACUUUGUUGCACGACAGAGAGGAAGUGAUUCCAGAAGACCAGCACCUGCAAACUGGAGGCAUCGAGCCCCUGAGCACACUCCGGACACCUCCAGGGGCCUUCGGUCAGGCCUUUUCUGACCAGGAGUCUCCUCACUACGAUCACCUGUCCUGCACAGAAAGACCUGGACUUCUAGAGAGAAAAUUGAAGCAGCCCUGCCACAAACCUCAGCGGAGGCAGAAAUCAGGUAGCCUUGACCUGGAAACACCAGUGCCAGUGUGAUCUCCACUGGAUGCCUCACAUCUUGAGGGCCUUACAGCAAUCCCAAGGCUAGAGCUCCUGGGUCAGCAGCUUAGCCCAUGCUCCGUGUGAAAGGUCCCCAGAGCAGGAAACACAGGAUGGGGCUUUGGAUGUGACAAGAGGAUCCCAAAAGCCACCUCCCCCAGGCCUGCCCGCUCCACACAGGAGGCUCCGGCUAGAUCCCACCAGAAUGGCCGAGGACUUUAGAGUCGAAGAGGAUGGUGUUGGCUGCCUGGACUCUGAGAGCCCGCCCCACCUCAGGGAGUACCUCACAGAAGCAUCAGCCGAACACGCUUCAUCCUCAGAGAGCACCGUGACGUCAAGUGACUCUGGGUCGGACAUUUCGCACAUGGCUUCUGGUGACCUUGACUGCAAGCCUCUCUGUGAGAAGAAGGAGCAAGCAGGACCAGCCUCUGCCAUGCCAGGCACCAGCCCAGCUCCUGAGAGCACUGCACAGCGAGGCCCCGGGUAUGAGGACAAGGCCGUGUCACACCUGGACACGGGGGAGGAAUCUGAAACAACAGGAGAUGGCGGGAAGGACAGCGCUACAGGAGAAACUGGGCUUUCCACAGCUCCCAAAGCGGCUGUGAGGCUAGCUACCUUACAGCAGAAUGAGAACACUCCAGCUAAUGAGAAGGAGGUGGAGGCAGAAUUUCUCAGGUUAUCUUUGGGGCUUAAGUGCGACUGGUUCACGCUGGAGAAGAGAGUGAAGCUUGAGGAAAGGUCCAGGGACCUGGCAGAAGAGAACCUGAAGAAGGAAAUCACCAACUGCUUAAAGCUCUUAGAGUCACUGACUCCCCUGUGUGAAGAGGACAACCAGGCUCAGGAAAUCAUCAAGAGACUGGAGAAGAGUAUCAUGGUUCUCAGCCAGUGCACGGCGCGCGUGGCCAGCCGGGCUGAGAUGCUGGGAGCCAUCAACCAGGAAAGCCGAGUGAGCAAAGCAGUGGAAGUGAUGAUUCAGCAUGUAGAGAACUUGAAGAGGAUGUACACCAAGGAGCACGCCGAGCUGGAGGAGCUGAAGCAGGCCCUGCUGCAGAACGAGAGGCCUUUCCCAUCCCUGCAGGACGAAGAUGACUGUCAGAUCAAAAAACGUUCUUCUUCUCUAAAUUCCAAGCCAUCUUCUCUUCGGAGAGUGACCAUUGCCUCUUUACCCAGAAAUCUUGGAAAUGUAGGGAUGAAGGUGCCUGGGAUGGAAAAUAGUGACAGAUUCAGCCGGCGGUCAAGCAGCUGGAGAAUUCUGGGCACAAAGCAGAGCGAGCACCGCCCCUCUCUACACCGGUUCAUUAGCACCUAUUCCUGGGCAGACGCUGAUGAUGAGAAACGGGAAGCCAAAGGCAGAGAUGCCCCCGAACAGCCAGAAGAAGAGGCAGUGGGGAGGGCCAGGAAGCCCAGCCUUUCUGACAGGAGCAUCCACCCAUCCUGGGGCAGCAGCACCGUCUGCAGCUCAGUGGCCUCCUGGGCAGCUCACCUGCAGGCGUCCUUCCCAAGGGCCAGCAGAGUGCUCUGGCUCUCCAUGGUCUUCAUCCUGCUGUGUGCAGCGCUGAUGAGCCUACUCACAGGCCCGUUCUUCCAGGCAGCCGUGGAGGCUGCACCCUCACAGGAAGGGGACACCUGGGUGUCUCUGGAGCAAGUCUUGUGGCCAUUUACUAGACUCAGGCACAACGGGCCUCCACCAGUAUGACUGCCCCACAGUUGACUGUCCCUUCUGGUUUUAGCAUUUCCCCCUGAGAUUUGUAAACUAAUAACUUUCUAGUGAUUGUGGUGCAAAACUAGGGUGCUCAGAGCAGCUGACAUCUUUUCAUUCCCCAACCGGAGCACAGGGAGGAAGUGCCACCAGGGAGGGGAGCCACCUGGGCUAUUUUAAUGAGUUUCCUGAGAGGGAAACACGAUUCUUUAUUGCAAUAUAUCAAAAUAAAGACCAUUCAGAUCUUUCUGCA